AUGUCUGACGCAGGUAGAAAGGAUUUCGGUGACAAGGUCUCUGAGACCGUCAAGCCAGACUCCCAAAAGAGCACUCUAGAAAAGGGUAAGGAAGUUGUCACAGACCAAGCCGACAAAUUGGCUGGCAAGCUGCAACCUGAAGAGAACAAGGGUGUAGGCCAAACAGUCCACGACAGUGCUCAACAGGGUAAGGAUGACGCUAAGGGAAAGUCUCUAGGUGAAACUGCCCAAGAAUAUGUCGAAGAAGCUAAGCACAAGUUGGGCGAGGCUGCUGAAUACAUCUCCAAGCAAGUUCACGGUGGUGAGAAGAAAUAA